GUAUAUACGAAUUUAUUGAGAGUACUGGAAGAUAGUAGAGAAAGAGAGAUGAGAAGGGUGUUAUGUACAUUUUCUUCAUUUUGGUCUCUAUUUAUCAUUCUUCUUUUGGUAUGUUCUCUGGGAUUUUGUAGUGGUCAAAACGAGAAUGGGUUCAGCAGAAAUGAUUUCCCACCAAACUUUAUCUUUGGUGCAGGAAGCUCAGCUUAUCAGGUUGAAGGAGCUGUAAAUGAGGAUGGAAGAACUCCUAGCAUUUGGGAUACAUAUUCUCAUUCUGGAAAAUUACCGAACAACAGCAAUGCGGCCAUAGCUGCUGAUCAGUAUCACAGAUAUAAGGAAGAUGUUAAACUCAUGGCGGAUACAGGUUUAGAUGCUUACAGAUUUUCCAUCUCAUGGCCAAGGCUUAUACCAAAUGGAAGAGGACCCAUGAAUCCUAAGGGUGUGGAAUACUAUAACAACCUCAUCAAUGAACUUAUCAGCCAUGGAAUUCAAGCGCAUGUUACACUUUUUCAUUAUGAUCUUCCUCAGACGCUCGAAGAUGAGUAUGGAGGAUGGUUGAGCCGAAAGAUUGUAAAGGACUUCACAUCAUAUGCGGAUGUGUGCUUUAACGAAUUUGGUGAUAGAGUUUCGACAUGGACAACAAUGAAUGAGGCUAAUGUGCUUGCUUUUGCUUCCUAUGGCACGGGAGUUCUGCCGCCGCGGAGGUGCUCUUUUCCAUUUGGGGUCCGUAAUUGUGAAAGUGGUAACUCCACAACAGAGCCGUAUAUUGUCACCCAUAACUGUUUGCUAGCUCAUGCGUCAGCUGCAAGAUUAUAUAAGAACAAAUACCAGGUUAUACAACAUGGACUUAUAGGAUUCAACCUCUUCGGUUAUGGGUUCAGUCCUGUCACAAAUUCCGUAGAAGAUAUUUCAGCAACUCGAAGGGCCAAUGAUUUCUAUUUGGGUUGGUUUGCUGGGCCUUUUGUUUUUGGUGAUUAUCCUGAAUCAAUGAAGAGAAAUGUUGGCUCGAGACUUCCUUCUUUCACGUCAUAUGAAUCAAAACUAGUUAAGGGCUCAUGUGAUUUCUUUGGAGUGAACCACUAUGCAUCGAUGCAAGUAAAGGAUAAGCCGGAGAAUCUAUAGAUCCAACAACGAGAUUGGACUUUGGAUACGGCUGUCCAAUACAUAUCUAAUUGGUCUGGAGAAGGUGUAUUGCCUGCUGAAUUGCCUAUUACAACAUCGGGGCUGCAAGAAGUUCUGGAGUAUUUUAAGCAAUUCUAUGAAAACCCCCUCAUGUUUAUUCAUGAAAAUGGUCAAAGGCUAUUAAGCAAGCCGCGUGAAACAUCAAUGAACGACACGUCGAGGGUGAAUUACUUGAAGGGUUACAUUGGAGGUUUGCUUGAUGCAGUGAGGAACGGAUCCAACACAAAAGGGUACUUCACAUGGAGUUUCCUGGACUCGUUCGAAUUGUUAGAUGGCUACACUUCAAAUUUUGGCCUUUACUAUGUUGAUAUGAUCAAUGACCCGGAGUUAAAGAGAUACCCAAAGCUUUCAGCACAUUGGUAUUCAAAUUUUCUCAAGGGAGGGAACAAAAUAAUCAGUACCAUUUCGACGUCAAGAAAUGAAAUUUCUCAUUUUUCACAGUAGAAAGUUGAUUUUUCUUCGCAUGUAAAAUAAUGAAAUUCUAAGUAAUAUUUUUCAUUUGUAAGCCAUUGAGCACUGGAGUUAAAUUUUAUUGAAGGAAAAAUGAAAAACAGUCUGGCCCAAUUUCUCCC